AUGGAAUUCAGCUCCUCCUCCAUGUUUGGCCAUCAGAAAGGAGGUAGCAGGAGAUCCUCUAAUCUGCGGAUGCUGAGGAACGCGUUCCGAGAAAAGAGAAACACCAAAAUGCUUGUGGUCAGCCGCUUCAGCACGAACUAUUCUACGGAUGAAGUCGAUCUCAAUGUGGUGUUCCAAGCAGCAGCCAGUGGGGACGUGAACACGCUGACAGCAACCAUACGAGAAGAUCCCUCAAUUCUGGAGUGCUGUGACGGGGAAGGCUCCACCCCCCUGAUGCACGCUGUUUCUGGGCGGCAGGUGGACACGGUGAAGCUCCUGCUGAAAAUGGGGGCCUCCAUCAACACUCAGGACGCCUGCGGCAGGACCUCCCUCUCCCUGGCCACAUACCUGGGCUGGCUUGAGGGCUGUGUUUGCCUGCUGCGGAAUGGAGCCAAGCAGAACAUUCCAGACAAAAAUGGACGUCUGCCACUUCAUGCAGCGACGGCAGAGAUUGACUUCAGACUCAUGGCCGUGCUGCUGCAGCAGUCAACACUGUGUGAGAUCAACCAUCAAGACAACGAGGGCAUGACGGCGCUCCACUGGGCCUCCUUCCACAACCGGCCAGAGCACGUGCAGGCCCUGCUGCAGAAGGGAGCCGACCCCACUCUGGUGGACAAGGACUUCAAAACAGCCCUACACUGGGCAGUGCAGAGCGGCAGCAGGUUCAUGUGUUCUCUGAUCCUGGACCACCAUCUCGGCCCGUCUGUCAUCAACUACGACGACGAGAACGGGAAGACGUGCGUGCACAUCGCCGCGGCAGCCGGCUUCAGCGACAUCAUCUACGAGCUCGCACGUGUCUCCGAGACCAACCUGCAAGCCCUGGAUGUGGACGAACGAACACCACUGCACUGGGCAGCCGCGGCAGGCAAGGAGGAGUGCGUGCAGGCGCUGCUGCAGCUGGGGGUGGAGCCUGAGCCCAGAGAUAUCAACGAGAACACGCCCCUCACCUACGCCAUGUACUGCGGACACACCGCCUGCAUCCAGCUGCUCUCAAAUGAGAACCGGUUAGACGCGAUGCGGCAGCCGCACUCUCACACCAACGACCUCUCCGGCAAGAAGGAGGGCAAGUUCCGCAUGCUCAACAGCAUCUUUUCCUGCAAGAAGAAGAAAGAGCUCCACGCGGCACUGCAGAAGGCUCCCAGCCACGACCGACGGCCGUCCGAGGAGACCUCGGAGGUGGACGACAUCAUCACCAUGUUCGACUGCCUGUCGUCAGACCCGUCGUCGUCGGGGAAAGACCCGACGGAGAGACGAGAUGAUGGUGGCCCCCCGGUGGCCUUAAGGAAGCGCUCCUGCGAGCCGCUGAAGCCGAACCUCCAGGAGGACCAAGGAGGCGGCAAAGAGCCCACCACCAACAAGGGACUCCCUCCCAUCCGCACGCAGAGCCUGCCCCCCAUCACUCUGGGAAACUCACUGUUGGCCAACGUGCAGUUCAUGGUGCAGAGGAACUCUGGCGGCCAGGUGAUCAGCCACUUGGCCCACCGCUCGCAGAAGAGCAAGAGCGAGCACGACCUGUUUGACAGCAGAGCCAAGAACCAGAGGCCAGGGCCGGUGCCGGUGGGGACGGGUCAGACAUGGAAGGCGGCGGAGUCCAGUCAGGUGCUGACCCAUAAGGCCUGGGUGUCGGCCCCCCAGGACAGGCUGCUGGACCGGCCGCAGCAAGACACCACCACGAGCCCUUUGGAUGUGCUCUGUUCAAAACAAACCCCCUACAUGCAGAAAAAUGAGCAAGCUCCAAGCACACACCUGCUACCUCUCAACAGCCUGCGGAUGCGGGAGUCCGGCCUCGCACGCAACAGCCUGGCGCCUAUUCGGGACCACUGUACACACCGAUUUUCCCUUCCACCUGACCAGGUAUCUCAGGGAGUAAAGAAGUCCAAGUCCCUGCCACUGGGCUCUCUGGGCCGGGGGUUGACCAGCCUCCCUCCCCCCAACACCUCCAAGCAGCAGCAGCAGCAGCAUCAGCAGCAGCACAAAGGCGGCCUGCUCCAGAGCCAAUCACUAUGCUCCCUGCCACCCGCGGCCGUCGGGGAGCCAAUGAGGAUCAUGCAAGUACUUCCUGCCAUCCCGCCCCUGAGGAGACGCAGUCCCUCCCCCCCUCAGCCCCCGGUGACGCCCCACGCCGAUGUCGAACAGUGACUGACCCACAGGCUGGCUGUACAGCUGCUGCUGAUGCUGAUGGGGCGUCGUGUCAUCUCCUGUGCGUGCAUAUCAAACAAAGUCAUGUGUGCCGGGAAUGAUCUCGUCUGUCUAUCUAUCAAGUCAAGACAUGUCAGUACUGCUUGGCGUAAGAUGUAAGAUGUCUCGAAGGCUUGUUUAGAUAUUCCCGGUUCUCCUGUCGUGGAGGUGGAAUGACUCGUGCGUUUUGUUUGGGGUUAGGAGUUCAUCCAGACUUCUGUAAAUGAAAGCCAGAUUGUCUUAAGUGUUCUGCAAACGUAGAGACUAAGACGAAAAAAUUACUGACUAAAUUUGUGGAAUGAUUUAAGGUAUUUAAUACUGUUUCUUAAAGAGAUACUGUCUUAUUUUUGCAUUUUUUUACUUGACAAAAACUUUAUUUAAAGGCAUGCACUGUGAUUAACUAUGUCUGUCAAUGUAUGUACAGCAUUUGAGUGGCAUCUUGAAG